AUGGCGGUUUCAGGCCCGUCCCUCAGGGCCCGUCGCUCAGGGCCCGUCGCUCAGGGCCCGUCCCUCAGGGCCCGUCCCUCAGGGCCCGUCCCUCAGGGCCCGUCCCUCAGGGCCCGUCGCUCAGGGCCCGUCCCUCAGGGCCCGUCGCUCAGGGCCCGUCGCUCCGGGCCCGUGCUCGGGGCCCGUCCCUCGGGCCCGUCCUCGGGGUCCCCGCCCCUCGGGGCCCGUCCUCGGGGCCCGUCCUCGGGGCCCGUCGCUCGGGGCCCGUCGCUCGGGGCCCGUCGGGGCCCGUCGCUCGGCCCGUCCCUCGGGGCCCGUCGCUCAGGGCCCGUCGCUCAGGCCCGUCGCUCGGGGCCCGUCCCUCAGGGCCCGUCGCUCAGGGCCCGUCGCUCAGGGCCCGUCCCUCAGGGCCCGUCCCUCAGGGCCCGUCGCUCAGGGCCCGUCGCUCAGGGCCCGUCCCUCAGGGCCCGUCCCUCAGGGCCCGUCCCUCAGGGCCCGUCCCUCAGGGCCCGUCGCUCAGGGCCCGUCCCUCAGGGCCCGUCGCUCAGGGCCCGUCGCUCAGGGCCCGUCCCUCAGGGCCCGUCCCUCAGGGCCCGUCCCUCAGGGCCCGUCCCUCAGGGCCCGUCGCUCAGGGCCCGUCCCUCAGGGCCCGUCCCUCAGGGCCCGUCCCUCAGGGCCCGUCCCUCAGGGCCCGUUGUUUGUUUUUUACGGGAAUGA